AUGGAGAAGUACGAGAAGUUGGAGAAGGUAGGGGAAGGAACAUACGGGAAGGUAUACAAGGCCAAGGACAAGGAGACAGGACAGCUGGUGGCACUGAAGAAGACCAGACUGGAGAUGGACGAAGAAGGUGUCCCGCCGACAGCUCUGAGGGAGGUUUCUCUUCUCCAGAUGCUCUCUCACUCUCUUUACGUAGUCAGACUCCUCUGCGUUGAGCACGUCGAGAACAAGCAUGGAAAGCCCCUUCUCUAUCUCGUCUUCGAGUACCUCGAGACAGAUCUCAAGAAGUUUAUCGAUUCGCAUCGCAAGGGCCCUAACCCUAGGCCUCUUGACACGACAUUAAUCCGGAGCUUUCUCUACCAGUUGUGCAAAGGCGUUGCUCAUUGCCAUGGCCACGGUGUCCUUCAUAGGGAUCUCAAGCCACAGAACCUUCUAGUGGACAAGGAGAAGGGCAUACUGAAGAUUGCAGAUCUUGGACUUGGAAGGGCCUUCACCGUUCCCCUCAAGAGCUACACCCACGAGAUUGUAACUCUCUGGUACAGAGCUCCUGAAGUUUUGUUAGGGUCAACUCAUUACUCCACCGCUGUAGAUAUGUGGUCUGUGGGUUGUAUUUUUGCUGAAAUGGUAAGGAGACAAGCUCUGUUUCCUGGGGACUCUGAGUUUCAGCAGCUGCUUCAUAUUUUCAGGGACAUGCAUAAUCCUGGUAAUAAAGUAUAUUUAUGGGGUGGGGAAUGGAUUGCUGGGAAACCAACUGAGAAGAUGUGGCCAGGAGUUGGUUCUCUGAGGGACUGGCAUGUGUAUCCUCAGUGGGAGCCUCAGAAUCUGCAACGUGCUGUUCCAUCGCUGGGACCUGAUGGUCUUGAUCUUUUAUCGAAAAUGCUGAAGUAUGAUCCAGCCGAGAGGAUUUCAGCCAAAGAAGCUUUGGAUCACCCUUUCUUUGACAGUCUGGACAAGUCUCAGUUCUAA